AUAGUUACUACCUUAAUUCGAACUAGAUUCUGUCACAACGGAAGUUGUAAGGUUAUUAUUUUGGUGAGUUCCUCGUCAUUUUCUGAUUCAUCAAAUUUUCAUCAUAUUUUAUGAUAAAACAGGCCUUUAGAACACAUAUCAUCACAUUCCAAACGAGUUAAAUGUAGAAGAGGUGCCAGUGAAUGUGCAUUAGAAGGUAAAACGUCAUAGACCGAACGGAAGCAUUGAAAAACAUUAAAUUUAUGAAUUUCGAAAAAAUAAACAAGAAUUUUUUCAGCAGUUUGCGACAAACCUAAAGAAUACACCAGAGAUGUCUCGGUUCAAAGCUGUGCUAGGGGUGUUUGUGGUCUCAUGUGUGUUAUAUUUGACACUCGGAGUAUUUGCAUCCGGAGACCGUGUACUAUUGAGGGAUCUCAAUGUUAUCACAUUGUAUCAAGGCCAGAUGACAACAGCUAGAAGAAGUAGCCCUAUACCACAGAUGAAAUGUGUUGGUGGAAGUGCAGCCGGAAAAUUCCAACCUCAAGUUGUACAGUGUUACAAUAGAGGAUCAGAUGGACAUGAUGUUCAGUGGGAAUGCAAGGCAGAUAUGGACAAUGAGUUUAGAUUUGGUCGAGUGGAGGUCUCCUGUGAAGGAUUCGAUUACCCAGAUGACCCAUACAUUCUACGAGGUUCAUGUGGACUUGAAUAUACAUUGGAAUAUACAAAAGAGGGAUUUGAGAAGAAAGACAGAAAUAGUCAGUACAGUCAGCACAACAACCACCAAUACGACAAUGGAAAUUAUGAAUAUCCAGCAAGGAAACAUAAAAAGUCAUCCUGGCUUGGUGACAUCCUUGUCCUGGCCAUAGUAGUAGUUAUCAUCUAUGGUAUAUAUUCUAAGUGUAUAGCCCCCAGCCAACCGGAUGACAAUCAACAGGGUCCAGGCCAGCAGUAUCCAAGAGGCAAUAACCAGGGGCCCUCUGCACCCCCACCACCUGGGUUCAAACCAGAGUAUAGUCAGGCUCCACAGGGGCCACCACCUUCAUAUAGUGAGAGUACUGGUGCCAAUUACAAUACCUAUGCUGGAACUGGUACUAGAACUGGACCAAACCCCAACUCUCAACCUGGCAACACUGGAGGGGGGUUCUGGACAGGGUUUGGCUCUGGAGGUGUAUUAGGAUAUCUGUUCGGUAGCCGGGGAAACAAUGGUUACUAUGGCAACAACUAUGGGAAUAACUAUGGAAAUCAUGAUGGAUGUGGAUCUCGUUGGGGAAAUGGAUGGGGUAGUAGACGAGGCUGGGGAUCUGGUUGGGGUAGUGGCUGGGGCUCUAGCAGCAGAGGUUGGGGGUCAGGAUCUAAUUGGGGUAACAGUGGAGGCAGCUCAAGCUGGUUCGGCUCAGGACGAAGCACAUCAUCAGGUGGAGGCUCCAUGUUUUCGGGCUCUUCAGGCACCAGGACUGCAUCAGGAUUUGGUGGUACAAAGAGGCGUUGAAAAUCUAUGGAAAUUUGAUGAAAUAUUUCCAAGUCUAUCAACCAUUCGAGAUUUCUGACUUGACAAAAAAGCCAUCAUUUGAAGCCAGAUUAAAAAUACUUGUUUCUGAUGAAGUUUCAUGAGAAUCUGUUCCGUUAUAAAAUGUAAUGAAUAAAGGCUGUAUCGAUUGUAGACCUACACAAAGGACUUGGAAUAGACUAUAUGAGUCAGUAGGGAAAAGGAAGUGGUUACAUCACUGCAUCUUAUCUACAUGGCAAAAUUUCAUUAUGUACCAGUUGGCAUGACCAUUUUCUUUAUGCUGACAUAAACAGCUGGUUCAAAUUAAAACUCACUGAACAUUCUCCUUCCCGUGCUUAUGCAACACUUAGAUUACACAAAAUGUAUUUUGAUAAAAGUGUACAAUGUAGUUUAUUUACCAUUACCAUGAGUAUAGUGUUGUGUUGUGAUGAAUUGAAUA